AUGGUCACACUAGGCGACGGCAGUAAGCAACGGUGGACGGUGCGAAGCUUCAGCGUUCUGCUGAUGUUUCUGCAGGUGCUGCACUCACAGAGCUCAAACGGUGGCCGCGUCGUCGCCGCACAGGAUGUGCCGUCAUCCGUUUCCUCCGAUGCGGCAGCCUCCGUGUCCGCAUCGUCCUCGCACGAUCCCGGCGCGGUGCUGAUGGAAGGGUUAAUGAUCGACGAGGAGGGGUCACUGUUCGCCAGUCCGCCCAUCGACGGUUACGGAGUGCUGAGCGAGGAGGCGGCCACAAAUCUGCUGUUUCAGCCAUGGAUGCUGAACUUUGCCGACCGUUCGAUCGGCGAUCCGCACAACCAGCUGGUGGUGCUGUAUAAUCGGCACAAAAACCGCAGCGUCUACCUUGGCUCGAUCGCGGGCAGCACGGCCGAGUUUUCGAGUUCGUACUUCAAGGAGAAGGUCAUUCCGCCCGGUGGCAACACGACCUUCAACGUGGUGUACCUGCCACGCAAACUGGGGCCGGCCGAGGGUUCGCUACUCAUUCACACCUCCUUCGGCAUGGUGCGGUAUCAGGUGCAGGGCGAGGGCAUCGAGUGCCCGUACCGGUUGCGGCCGUUGGUGGGCCUACAGGCGCCUCUCAACGCCACACUGUCGCCCGAGAUUACGCUCUACAAUCCGCACGAUACGCCCCUGCAGAUCGUCGAGAUCUACAGCAGUGGGGGAAACUUCCAGCUGGAACUGCCCAGCGGUGCGCAGGAGGGGCCACAGGCACUGUGGGAGAUACCUCCGCACAGUACGCGCACAGUGAUACGGGUUCGGUUCCACGCGCGAACCCCCGGCAACCAUAUCGCGUACGUGCGCAUCAAAAUCUCGGGCGGUGUUGCGGAACCAUCGCUAAUCGAUAAGAUGCUCGUGGUGCCGAUCGAGGUGGAGAUCUUCAAGGAGACGGGUCUGUACUCGCGCAUCCCGUUCCUCGAACUCGGGCUCACCUCCGCCGCGGCUGCUGGUUCGGCAGCCGCUGCUUCGGCCGUGGCGGUGGCCGCCGGUGCCGGGCUCACGGGAAGCAAUCGCAACUCGAGCACUUGGCUGAGCCUGGAUUUGUUCAACUCCGGCAGCCAACCGGUGAAGGUGAAGAGCUGGGGCGUCCAAGCGGACGACAUCGAGUCGGUGCUCUGCAUGCAUGUUCUGGUCGCCGAAGAGCGCACACUGCACGUCGAGUUCGACUGGUCGAAACUGUCGAGCGAUCGGCGGCUAAUCAGCGGCCGGAUACUGCUCAAUCUCGAACGAAUUUCGACGGCUCCGGACGGCGAACGGCUGCCGGAAGAUGACGAUCAGGAAUCCGACCGAUUCGAAGGCUCAAAGGAUGGCGAUCCGGCACUCAAAACGGCCACUCAAAUGCGCGGCUCGGGGGGCAGUAAAAUCGGUGUAGCUUAUGCGACAGAAGUCCCGCUCGACGAGACAGAGGAUGAUGACGAUGAACUCGAAGCAGAGCUAAUCGACGAUGGUGUCGAUGAGGUUAUGAGCGUACUCGCGAUUCCUUUCGCUGGCGAGGUGUUAAAGGGCAGCAUUCAGUACAAUGAGGAAGUGCUGCGGUUUCUGGUGCCGACAAACGAGGCGGACACUCCAGGUGGUGCGGGCACGCUGGCCGACGCUCAGCGUCCGCUCGUGAUCCGCAACCAGUUCCACGUGCCAUUGUCCAUCACGAACAUUAGUGUACCUGAAAACUGCUCGCGCUACUUCACGAUCGACGAUUUCGGGCCGAUCGUCCUGCAGCCGAACGAUGAGCGCACACUCCUCCGUAUCUCCCGUAAAUCGACGGUCAGCGGUGGUGGCCGGUGGCCAGAGGGUACGAUCUCCACGCACAUCCGGCUGACGACGAACAUCACCGACUACGAUCUUCCGGUGCUCGCUUACAGUGGCAAGCUGAAGCGCAUUCUGUCACCCGAGGUACGUGACGCCUCGUUGCUAACCGGACUUCCGGCCAGUGGUGGUGGGGUUGAUGUCGAAGACGAAGAGUUCGAGCUCGACUUUGCUGUGAUUCCGAUUGCGACCGAUUCUGAAGCGUUGGUUGCGUUCGUUAAUCCGAACCCCGUCCCGAUACCGAUCAUCCACUGGAAGGGUGCGAUCACGUCGGACGCGGCGGUCGGUGCUCCGACGAUCACCGUCAUCCUGCUGGGUUGCGGAGCGCUCCGGCUGGACGAGCUCGCUUUUUGCCACACGGUGCAGCCGGGCGAGUGGAUCGUCUAUCAGAUCAGCGUCCAGAGUGGCACGAUCGAUAACUACCACGGCCGGUUCACGGUGAAGACCGACUACGAGGAGAUCGUGACUCCGCUCCGCUUCACCACCGCCGUCGGUGACCUGCAUCUCAUGCGUCUACGCUUUGCCGAUUGUUUUCCGGGGAAACUGUGCUCCGUGCCACUGAUGGCCGCUUCCACGUUCCCGUCGAAGAUCCACAUCGAGAGCAUCCGGACGGAGGUGCCGGGCCUGAGUUACGAGUUCCUGUCGCCGGACAAGCAGCGCACGCUGCCCGCCAGCCAACCGGUGGUCCUCUACCCGGAGGCGAUGGCCACGAUCGGUCGGCUGCUGCUCGAUCCGAAGGCACUGUGUGGCACCGAGUGCUACAGUAGCUUCGAUCUGCUCUCGAAACCGUUCGGGGUGAAGUGGAUGGCGACGCUGGACAGCUACGAGCAGUACCGGCGCCUGGACAGCGACAAGCUGCUCGAGCAGCUGCAGCGUUACGCCGAAAUGCGCCAGCGAUUGACGAACGUCCAGUUUCAGGUGCUGGCCGAGGCCGCAAGCCGCAAGUUCGAGUUCAACGCAAGCGUCGAGCUGGCGUGGCCGAAGCUGCUCCACGAGAACGUCUUCUUCCCGACGCUGCAGGUCGAGCAGGAGGCGGUCAAGCUGAUCACGAUCACCAACCCGUCCGAUCAGAUCCUGUUCGUGCACCUGGUGCUGCACGACGUGGCCGUGCACGGGCCGGCCCCGGCCGUGGACGGUGGAACGCCGCUGCCGGCCGAGGUGCUCACGGCGUGCGCCAACUGCAGCCUCAGCGAGGAGCCCGUGUUCUCGUUCUUUCUCUUCGACACCGACGACAUUUACGUGAACUAUGUGAAACCGCAGUCGUUUCUGCCCAUCGCGGUAAAGUUUACAGCCCGUCAGCCCGGCACCUACUCGACCGUGCUGUACAUGCGCAACAACCUCACGCUAAUCGAUGCCGCCUGGAUACAGGCGCGGGCCGUGGUGCCGCAGUUCAAGUUUGGCAACCGGCGGCCGGGUUCACCGACCGCACUGCAGUUUGAGAUGACCGACAAGCACUUGCGGUUGUGCGGAAACGCGUACUACGACCAGCUGCAGCAGAGGUCAGAGGGCACCGGCACGCAUGGUGGCGGCCCUAUCAACAGCAGGAAAACGGAUGAGGCGGUACCCGUGCCGCCGCCGGUGGUAGCGGAGGGUGGUCCGCUGGAAGCGGGUGUAGAAACGCGGCGAACGUUUACGGCGCGCAAUUACGGAGAGGUACCGAUCAUGAUAUCCGGCAUCCGGAUCGAGGAAGCGCUCUGCGAAGGAUACGGCUUCAAGGUACUGGACUGCGCACCGUUCGAGCUGCCGCCGAACGCGAGUCGCAAAAUUGAGAUUGCGUUUGCGCCGGACUUUACGUUGGCGCGCGUGGUGCGGAUGCUCCACUUCGACACGAACAUCAACAACUUUCCGAUAAACUUCACGCUCCUCGGAACGGUUCCAAUGCGCGGCCUGGAGAUGUGUGGGCUGAGCUUGCAGCGACCGUGGUUCGAGGCGGUCUUCCGGAUGCUACUGAUGGUGGCCGUGACGGCCGCCAUGGCGGGCACGCUCGUGGCCGCAUUCCUCGACUCGAACCGGGUGCUGAGGAACCACUUUGUGAGCAUGACGCGCGAGAAGGGCCCGGUUCAGCCCCCACUCGAUCUACGGCAGAUCGCGUUGCAGCACUCAUCUGCCGCAGCCGGGGCAGCGGCCACGACGCCCCCCGUGGCGGAGGUGAAGGACUCGCAAGGAAGCGGAAACCAUCGAUCGUCUUCGGCGACGAUGGCGUCACGCAACAAUCGCAAAGUCGAUCGUAAAGGAAGUCUCCCGCAAACGCAACCGAAAGGUGGUGAUCGGGCGCAAAAUGGCACGGGUCCGACGCAUGGGCCGGCGGAGAGUACCGCCAAUCGGUUCACGCGUACCUGGACGGAGUUUACCGCCAAUCUGGGACGAAGUUCUGGCGCCGCGAAGCAACCGGAAGGAUCUAGGCCACAAACGGCGAACAAAAGCCGUCGCUCGAUCACGCCACCCAAGGAUAUGACCACCAAAGAGCGAUCGAAGCCAAACGCACACUCGGAAGAAGUUGGGGACGGUGCUUUGGGCACCGAAGCAUCAGCCACGGCGGCCGUGACAGCUGGGCGUACUACUAUUGGUGGACAGACGACGGCGGCGGUGGCGCUGGCGGCGCCGGUGCCGGUGCCGAGUGAGUCGAAGCAACCCACCAAAUCGACAUCAGUCGUCGUAACCAGUGACUUAACGGGCGCGCUUGAAUCAAAUUCAAAUGUCGCCAAACAGCAGCAGCAACAUCAUCAAACAUCGUCAUCACCGAGGACCUCCGUCAAAGAGGAGUGUUCGUCACUCGAGGCGAGUAGCGGAUCGUCAUCGUCGGUAUCGUCACUCUCGUCGUCAUCAUCUUCAUCUCCCUCGCCAACGACGAAGCAGCAGCAACAACAGCAGCCACAUUCGAGGCCAUUCCAACCGCCCACCGGCGGCGGGGCACCGAAAGCGAACGUGAAGAAGAUGAAGAGUCUCCCAGUCAGCUACGAAUCGGUGGUGGUCUCGUUGGCCACCGUUUUCGUCGGUACCAACACCAGCACGAGCGGCUCACCAGCAACAUCAUCGUCAUCAUCCGCAUCCACAUCCCAGUCUAGUCAAAAGCCAACGGUAACGGCAACCACGACACCCUGCUCAACGUCGCCAGCAUCGGCGGCCAUUGCCCUACCGAAGGAAUCUUCAUCAUCCCGUUCGCAGACAAGUGACGACGGCAGUAGCGGUGGCGGUGGAACCAAGUGUCGCAGUGGACCGGCUGCCAGUGGAAAGCAAACGCAAUCGGGAGGAUCUCGUGGAGCAACCAGUACCGGCACCGGAAAUACCAGGAGCGUAGAGCUGCUUGUCAGCGGUAAGGCGAGCGACAAACUUGCCUUCCUUCUGACGUCCGAUGCCGGUGCUUACGUGGAGAAGGAAAACAACAAUCCUGGUGGCAACGUAAUCCUGCCCGCUGUAGGUGGAACUCUCAGUAGCGGUAUCAAUGGCCAGAUUGAAGCUGUCCAACAGCAGCAGCAGGCUGCGGCGAAAAAGUUCAGCAAAACUCCGGGCCGCGAGCGAAAGUCCAACCAGGGCAAGAAAGGAGCGAACGGUGGUAAACAGGGUGCCGGGCAGCAGUACAAGGGCACCGCUCUUCAGUUCAGCUCCCCGACUCAGCAGCAGCACAAAUCCUCCACACUCGGAACGAUCCUGCAAAAUGCUUCGAUCCCGUUACCAGCGGCGGCGGCGGCGGCCAGCACUUCAUCAACGGUUUGGGGAGAAAAUUGCGCUCGCUUCAGUGAUGUCGUUGCUCAAAUGCCGAACGCGAAGCCCGCUUCGAUUGCGAACGGUGGUUUCGGAAUGGAUGUAUUUGCUCCAGUGUCAGGCGCUGCUUCGGGACAGGCACGGCUAAGUCAAGCCAAUCUUAAAGCGCUUGGCAAUACCUUUGGAACGGGUGGUUCGAACAUUAUGACAACGUCCGCCGGUGGUGGAGCUCCUCGCAAACACGCCCUCCAGGACUCGUCUAAUCGGUAUGAAUCAGUUACAUCGAAAGACGAAAGCUACAAGUCGGUGGGUAAAGGACACUCUGUGCCAGCCCCGUUCGUCACCACAGCAACGGCUAACUUGGGCCCGAUCGGAACUUCGAAGAAAUCACCGACUGGCAGCGUCACCGAUAGUGGUACCGAUGCCGAUGGCAUUGGAUUCGGUGCUGGCCUAGGAAACACCGGUGUGACAAAGUGCUGGGAACCAUUCGGUGGACAUGUCAUACAUCGUCCGGGACAGCUGCCCACAGCCAUGGGAGGCGACUCUUCUUGCAUUGCAGGCACAGGCAGCCAACAGUCAGACAGUUUCUUUUCGCAAUCAUUUGCCGAUCUACACCACACGCAGACGGACCAGAGCGAUCACUUCCGAGGAGUUUCAUCGUCUGUGGCCGGCACAGCCACUUCAACACCGUCCAUGGUGCAGCCGCAUAAUCGUGGUUCGCUACUGGCGGCCCACAUCGGUAGCGGAGUUCUGGGAAACGAUUUUGUUGGAAACCGAAACGCAUCACUAUCGAUGCAUCAACAACAGCAGCAACAGCAAGACUGGAACAGCACCGGGGCCAGUAUCGAAGGUGUUCCAAUGAAUUGGCCCUUAUCGUCCGCGCACAAAUCGAAUCAAUCAUCCACGACGGCAGGGCUGCUCGAAUGGGGAGCUUCCGCUUCCGAUGUUUGGAACAAUCUGGCCGCUCAAACUCAGUACCAACAGCCGCACCAGCAACAGUUUGACGUUGCUUCGUCGAUGCAUUAUCCACCGGCACUCGUUGCUGCUGCGGCCGCACACGCCUCCGCCAAUCGUUUGCUGCAACUCCAACAAGCCGCUUCACUGGCAACCGACGGUCUGGGGCAUGGUGCAUGUCUGACCGACGCUUGGUACGCAACGCAGUCAGCAAUCGCUCCACCGCCCGGUUUCUCCAACCUACUGUCCGUGGGUGGGCCGGCAAACGCCAUCGGUGGCAUGGCGCACCUUCAGCAACAAUUACAGCAGCAGCAGCAGCAACAACAUCCACAUCAGUUGCUUCUUCCACAUCAGAACCACAACAGCAACAACCACCACCAUCAUCACAGCCAGCAGCAUCAGCAGCAGUUACUGCGUCAGCUAUCGUCCGAUGAGGCAACAUCAACCGCCGUCAGUGGCGGCUCUUCGGGAGGACCAUCGUCACCGACCGUUCCUAGCACCGCUGUGGGCGGUGGUGCUGCAUCAUCAUCAUCCUCCUGCUCAUCAUCCGGCGCCUCGUCUUCGUCGUCUUCGUCCGCAUCGUCGAUCGUAACCUCCACGUACGAUCCCUAUCAACUCGCUUCGAUCUGGGCUUCGGCUAGCAAUAGCGAUCCAUGGGCAGCGGCAGCCAAGAAGCAGUAGAAUCAAAAUAGAAUGGCUCGCGAUUGCACUAGUGGCUCACUGGCCUUUCGGCCUAGAGAGUGCUUUACAAGUAAUGAUAUUUUUGUCCGGAAAGGCCUCUUUUGCGGUCUAUUCCCUUCAUGGAUUGGUCCAUCCAUUUUAUCUGCUUAUCUGUUUUCUCUCUUUGCUCUUUUCACCUCCCGAACGUUUCAGUUUGAAAUCAUGUUCAAUAACCAUUGGCAAAGUAUGGAUAAAACCGUUACUCUUAUAAGGUUUCCCUUUUAAAAAUUAGAUUAUCGUUUGCACCGGAAGCGCACGAGCGUAAAACUUGGGAAUUUUUGGAAUCGUUUUUGCCAGAAAGUACGAAAAUUUUUGCCAUUGCAGCGAGCGGUGCGAUGGAAUUGAAUUGAAUUGAACCUUCUCCUGGGAAUGGUUGGCGCGAACGUUUAAAUCACUAUCAACUCGCUUGCGUUUUAGAAAUAAUUUUUUAAUACUCUACCACCAUGUGGGUUCAGAAGCUUCCGGUGGGUAGCGCAUGGGUUUUCGUGAGUCCGGUGCAGUAAUGUUAGUUUUUUUCUUCUUUUUCUCUUUAUCAUUAUCGCUUAAUUAACAUUUGUUCUCACUUUGUUUAGUAGCUGCAAGCUGCUGUGGAAUAAUUCACAUAACGUUUCCAUCUAUUUCCUUUCCGCUAAAACUUUUACUUAGUUUACUGUUGUUUCACUAUCUAUUUUUACCUUUGGAUUUGAUUGGACUAGAAAUGAAUAUUCGCACCUUUUUGUCGAUUGGCGCGCACCCACUUUGCCGAUUUGAUGAUUGGGUGGAAACCGCCCCAGGCAACACAGGGCCUUGGCGUGGCGUCCGAUGAUGCAUCACCAAAAGUAGCCGGAGCUUCUGUGGUAUUCCUUUUCGCUGCCUUUUCACACUAUGGCUAUGUAGCACCGAUAACUAUCACUGCGCACUCUACGCGCCGAACGCAUGCACACCGAGAAAUGUGAUCUUUGCAUGACAAACGAACCUAAUAUCAUCCGGCUGGAGUGCAACAACGUAAAUGCAAGAAACGCACACUAUUUAUUCGUAAAAGGCUUAAGAGGUUACAAAAGAAGGCGAACACACUAAGCGAAGGCAAACCAAAAAACCCGGAUAUAGCGGCGAAGUGAACAGUGGAACUAUUUACUCUCCCGCAAACGUGACGCAGAUGUGCCUGUUGGUUGACUAAGGGUGCGAUGCGAAAACAAGUAUGAAAUCAAUAAACCACAAGAAAUAUAAUUAUACCAAUAUAAUACACACAGUACACACGCGCGCAACUAUGCGUAGCGGUGAAACAGAAAACAGGCAAAACACCCCGGAACUCCCGAUGAUGAACGAUGCUGCGAUUAAAGGAUGAUUACUCUAACGGACGAAUGUAAACUCGGAACGUGGGAGACAAACUAAUCCACUCUACAAGGUUGACGCGCGCCUGUGUCCAUUGUGGAUGGUUGCUCCUCGAUCUUAUGCUAAGAAAAGCAGGAAUUUCUGAUGAUGAACACCGAAUGAGAAGAAACUUUGAAUAAUGAUGAAAUAAAACACAACACACACAGAGUGAA